ACUAAAUGCAAGUUCCGACUGAAGUUAGUCAUUGCGUAGAAAGCCCGGCAGGCUCAGGCAGUAAUUGGAGGUAAAAUGGCGCUGACUUCUCAAGGAACAAAGAAGAAAGUUUGCUAUUAUUAUGAUGGUGAUGUUGGGAACUACUACUAUGGCCAGGGCCAUCCCAUGAAGCCCCACAGAAUUCGCAUGACCCACAAUCUCCUGCUCAACUAUGGGCUCUACAGGAAGAUGGAAAUCUAUAGACCUCACAAGGCCAAUGGCGAGGAAAUGACCAAGUAUCACAGUGAUGACUACAUCAAAUUCCUACGCUCCAUCCGGCCUGACAACAUGUCUGAGUAUAGUAAACAGAUGCAAAGAUUUAAUGUGGGAGAGGAUUGUCCCGUGUUUGACGGUUUAUUUGAGUUCUGUCAGCUCUCAACAGGUGGCUCUGUUGCUGGAGCAGUGAAGCUGAACAAACAGCAGACAGACAUUGCCAUCAACUGGGCAGGAGGCCUUCACCAUGCCAAGAAGUCUGAGGCGUCUGGGUUCUGUUAUGUCAACGACAUCGUUUUAGCCAUCCUGGAGCUGCUGAAGUACCAUCAGAGAGUGCUGUACAUAGACAUUGACAUUCACCAUGGUGACGGUGUGGAGGAGGCGUUCUACACCACAGACCGUGUCAUGACCGUGUCCUUCCACAAGUACGGGGAGUACUUCCCUGGCACAGGAGAUCUCAGAGACAUUGGAGCAGGAAAAGGCAAAUACUAUGCUGUGAACUACCCCCUCAGGGAUGGUAUCGAUGAUGAAUCUUAUGAGGCCAUCUUUAAGCCUAUCAUGGCCAAAGUGAUGGAGAUGUACCAGCCCAGUGCUGUGGUGCUUCAGUGUGGAGCCGACUCGCUGUCUGGAGACAGGCUGGGUUGCUUCAACCUCACCAUCAAAGGCCAUGCCAAGUGUGUAGAGUACAUGAAGAGCUUUAACCUGCCCCUGCUGAUGCUGGGAGGCGGAGGCUACACCAUCAGGAACGUGGCCCGCUGCUGGACCUAUGAGACGGCCGUGGCCCUGGACAGCACCAUCCCCAACGAGCUCCCGUACAAUGACUAUUUUGAGUACUUCGGCCCAGACUUCAAACUUCACAUCAGUCCAUCCAACAUGACCAACCAGAACACAAAUGACUACCUGGAGAAGAUCAAGCAGCGUCUAUUUGAGAACCUGCGCAUGCUGCCCCAUGCCCCUGGUGUGCAGAUGCAGGCCAUCCCAGAGGAUGCUGUACAGGAGGACAGCGGCGACGAGGAAGAGGACCCUGACAAGCGCAUCUCCAUCCGUGCUCACGACAAGAGGAUAGCCUGUGAAGAGGAGUUCUCCGACUCUGAGGACGAGGGCCAGGGCGGAGGACGCAGGAAUGCUGCCAACUUCAAGAAGGCCAAACGGGUCAAGACGGAGGAGGAGAAGGACGGAGAGGAAAAGAAAGCUGAAGUGAAAGAAGAGGAGAAAGCACCUGAAGAGAAAAUGGACACAAAGGGGCCAAAAGAAGAACUGAAGACAACCUGAGAAAUUGAAGCCCAGAAGUCCUUGUGGAUGCAUGACCUUGUCAGAUGCCCCACCUCACACACACACAAAUGCACUUACACACACAACUGUACACAUCGACACACACACACGCAUACACACAGAAUAGAGGUUAGAUUGCGGAAGCAAAAGACUGUAAAUUAUUUUCUAAGACUCAUUUUACUAUUUGUAUUCUUAAGAAGCGGUAUAAAGUUUUUUGCAUUGCCAGUGUGAAUUGAAAUGCAAGAUGUAUGGGUUUUUUUUUCUUCCUAUUAUUUUCACCUCUGUUUUAAUGUUUAUUUUUCAGUUUGCAUCCGAUCAGUCCUUUUUUGUUUUUGUUCUUCUGCUUAAAACAGUACCUCAACCAAACCGGACCUGAACUAGUCACAAUUCAGCCAAUGCGCACCAGCUCUCAAACUCUCCCUGGCUCUUUCACAGGCUUUCAUCUCUUAAGUUAUUUCACAUCAUGGACAUUCAAAUUUGUACAUUUCCCCUUUUUCCCCCCCUUUCUUUUUGGUAACUGUCUCCUUUUCUUCCUCUGGAUGCCUAUUCCUGCUGCCGCAUUCUUUUACCUUGUUUUUAAGAAAAAGAUUAAAAAAUGUGACAAUUUGUUUUUAUUACCAUGUCUGCUUUGAUGGCUGUGAACGUAGCUGUGUGUCUUUUGGAUGGAGGGAGGACUGGGGACAUAAGGGGUGGGGGGGCACAGGGAGAAGAGGGCUUUACCCGCAGAUGUUACGUUACUGCUAUAUGGGGAGCAGCUAUUAGCAGGUUCGAUGGACCUGCGGUCCGGUUUGGGUUUCCAAAAAGUUCAGAUGUUGUGAAAUGUCUAUAACAAUGAAUUUGGUAAAUAAAACAAAGAAAAUCAAA